UAUAGAGCACUUUUAGUGUAAACGCAGAUUUUGUGUGUCCAAAUGAAGUAAAAUCACGGAAUAACCACAACAUAUGUGUACCUAUCAAUACCUGGUGUCAUAUUUCAAUUUGAUUAUGAUAUUUCGUGUUAAUUGCAGAGAAUGCUUUACAUGUAUGCUGUCAAAUUAUAUAAAUAUAACGCAAAGUAACAUGUUAUCGGUGACACAAACGGCAUACAACUCUUCUGUUUAUAUAUUUUUAGGGUAUUCCAGUCAUGAACAUGAGGACGAAAUUAGCAAUGCUGUUAUUGCUAAUUGCUGCUACACCAACGAAGACGAACGCCGAAAGCUGCAAGAACAUGUUGCAAGGCUAUCUGACAGGACAGCUGUCGUCUGCUCUAGGAGCAUACCAAGUAGAAGUUUUGAGGCGGGAAUUCAAAAGUUUUACUGACGUUGUUGAAAAGUCAAUAAAGGAGCUGAAGGAAAGCAUGAAUUCUACCGUAAAAUCUCGGUUCACCGGAGGGUCCCAUUGCAGUCAUAAAGGAGCAGCUGUAGAACCUCUGUGUUUACCGAGGAAUCCUGAGUGGGGGAUGCACACUGAUGGGCAUGAAGGAUACAAAGCUUACGUUUAUGGCGCAGAAUAUGAAACAGAAAGUUUUAAAGGCAACAGCCAAACACUUCACGAUCACGAUGUUCCGUGUGCCGUUUGUCUGGUUCGGCAAAGGUCCGUUGUUCAGAUGUUUCCAGCAAGAAGAUCGUGUUACAAAGGAUGGAAGCUAGAGUAUCAUGGUUAUCUUAUGGCGGGUUAUUAUAACCAUGAUGCUGGAACAACGUACACUUGUGUUGACAGUCAUCCAGACGCCUUACACGGUGGCGCUACAAAUAAAGAUGGUAAACUGUUUUACAUGGUAGAGGCUGCAUGUGGUUCCUUGAAAUGUCCUCCGUAUGUUGCCGGGAGAGAACUAGUUUGUGCUGUUUGUUCCAAGCAAUAA